AUGUUCCGAGGAGGAAAUUCCGAGAAGCGUCUUCCAUAUGUCUCGACUGUGUUCGUCGUCGGAAAUGAUGCCGAGGUGGUUUCAGAGUUCAAUAUCGAGAGAAGAACAUUGUGGCAAGACGUGUUACCAGAUCUUCAGAAUAUGGGAUUUCAGUCAAACUUCGAUUUGGAGUUUUGUGAUGUAGCACUGGAAAAUGGAGAGCUGAGUAAUGCAGUGGCAGAACAUGUACUGAAAAUGUGGAAGGAGAAUCCUCGUAGUUGGAUGGUGAUUCUUCUUGGUAACCGUUACGGCAAUGUAUCAGUGCCAACAGCAUUACGAAAAGAAGAGUACGAAUCCAUCCGGUCGUCGAUAUUUGAAGAGAAUGGAAAUGUCCGUAUUUUUGAGAAGGCGUACACAAUAAACCGAAACACUCCGGUUGAGGAAUAUCGUCUCAUUCCUUCAGCCAUCAAGGAUAAAAAGCAGGUGGCUGAAAUCAUCAAAGCGUUGCAGACGGGAGCAAAAGCUGCACACGAAGAAGGAGCAAUAAACCAGGUGCACGAACAACGACAGAAUCGUUUUUUCUCCUCUCCACUUGAAUCAUUCGUCCGUUCGGUUCUUCAAGUUUCACCGUGUCGAUGCCUUUUUCUGCUUCGGAAAUUCGAUCAACUCGUCGCGGAUCCAAACUCUCCAAACGUUUUUCUCGAGAUCAACGAACAAAGCAGUCGGAAAAUUGAGGAUUUAAAGAACGAGAUAACACUGAAAAUGAAUGAUCGAGUGAUGACGCAUGUGUUGAGGCCUGAAAGUACGGAUAUCAAUUAUUUUUUCAAUUCGAGAGACGGAGAUAAGUAUAGAGAGAAAAUUGCAAGACAGUUCAAUGAAAAACUCAAAAAUCAUCUUGCUGAUUUGAAUCCUCCGCUACGACCAGAACCACCUCGAUCAUCGAUUGAACUUGCUGUUAACGAGGCACGAACACAUUAUGAAUAUCUGGAACAACAAUUAUCAAUUGGAAAUUUAAAAAGAGACUAUGAUAAACGAUUAGAUGAAUUGGCAGGAGUUAAAGUGAAUCGAGGAAUUUUUCUGAUUCAAGGAACCGACCUUUGUGGAAAAACACAAGCGUUGUGCAGACUUUACAAUAAGAUUUCCAGUAAGGAUGCCUAUAAAAUUAUUUUCUUUACCAACUUGACUUACUCAUCGAACUUUGCACAUGAAGCAUGGAGAACGAUAUGUUUGAACAUUUGUGAAAUGGCGAAUAUCGAUGCAAAAGAAGUUUUAGAGCAUUUCAAACUAGCUGGAAUUCUGAAAUGUCUCGAACAGAUUGUACAAAAAGCAGAUAAACCAGUCUGUGUAUUCAUUGACGAUGUUCAUUUACUCAAAUUCGGACAUUUGUUAAGUCAAGUUGGAAGGAGAACCGAAUCAGUAAGUAUUUCCUGGUUUGAUUUCAAAAAAUCAGAAAAUUUUCAGGCUCCGGAUAAGCUUUCUCUGUUCAUGACGUCAUCAAAUGUGUCACCAGUGAAUGCUGUUUUCGCAGUCACUCAAACAGUAAAUGUAGAUGUGAUAUCAGAAAACGAAGUUGUUGGAAUGGUACAGAAAAUGGCUGAAAACGUGGAUAGGAAGUUGACCAAUGAGCAAUUGUCUACAAUUCGCCCUCUGAUGACAUCUAAAGAAGGAAUUCUAAUAGCAAAAAGUGUUGCUCAUGAGAUUCUUCUCAAUGGUAGCAGCUCAAUGAAAGGAGGAAUCGAAGGAAGAUUAGCCAGAAUAGAAAAGGAGUUCGGAAAAGCAGCUGUCAGCAAUGUCGUCAAGUACAUUGCUUGUUCUUCACACGGACUUACUAGAUUGGAAAUCCACGAUGCAAUUUCAGCUGAUAGAGAAGCAUUGGAAGAGAUGAAUAUGCCUGUAGUAUUUUCUCUUCUGACACUGGACAGUAUAAUCGAAGCUCUUGGACCACUUCUCCGGAAAGUUCUGAUUGAUGAUCGUCUAUGUCUAGCUCCUUCCCAUUCAUGUUUGUAUAUCUUUCUAAAAAGCAGAUACUUAGUAACAAGUCUCGAAAUUCGAUCUUCACAUCUUCAUCUUUCGGAUCUUUUCGCUGAUUUACUAGUUGAUAAUGAACAGUCUCCACGUCAUGAAAUUGCAUAUCAGGUCAGUAGAGAAAUCUGCAUGAUUCUGAAUUCAACUUCUCUUUUACAGACGUUCUCACAGGGUAUAAAACGGGACAAUGGAUCUCCAAACUUCCGAAGGUUACGGCUUCUAUGGUAUCAUUGUCUUCAUUCGGGUAAUCUGGAUCGCCUCAAGGAACUUUCGUUGUGUCAUUUCGAAUAUGUUGAUUUUGUGACUCGCUACUUUGGAAUUUCCCAUUUGUUAUCCUUGUACGAAGAGUGUGCGACACAGAUUCUUCAUCACGAUUUGCAAGUGCUCUCGGAGCAAGUUCUUGUACCUGCUCUCGUCACCAUGGCCAGAGACAGCGAGCAAUUGGCAGCUGAAGUUAUCGGGAGACUAAGAUUCACAAGAACCGACAAUAGCCCAUUUUUAAAUAACCUGGUGGAUCAAGCAAUGUCUUGGGUCGAUUUGUACAACAGACAACCGUUGUUGGUCCCUUUGACUUGCUGGAUCUCUCCGCCUGCUACAAAAGUUUGCCGAAGUUUCACACUCAAAGAUUGGAAACCGGGGAAUACUGUUCUAGCGUUGUUUGCGAAUCAUCAAUACAUUUUGAUUUCUGGAAACCAAUCGGAUCCAGGAGUCAUUUAUGCAUAUCACAUUGCUUCUGAACAACUCGUUGGAACAUUCAAAGGACAUACUGCAGCAGUUACAUGCCUGUGCUCAAGUAAUGACAGCUCUUUCUUUGUCAGUACAUCUGCCGAUAAAACUGUCAAAGUUUGGGUGUUUUCACAGUAUGAGCCGACGAUGUCCCUAACUCAUCACACUGCCAAAGUAACAUGUGCAAUUCUGACCAGUGACGAUCAGUUUAUGAUCACAGCAUCUGCUGAUUCGUCAGCGAAAAUGAUCAAAGUGGAGACAGGAGAUGUUGUGAGAUCAUUCAAUGACCAUACAGGAUCUGUGGUGUCUCUUCAACUGACUUCUAAUAAUCAGUUUUUGAUCACUGGUUCCGGAGACUUUGUGGUUCAAAUGUGGGAUGUGACGAAUGGAAAAUGUAUAUCGAGAAUGGGUGGAUUGAUGGCUCCAGUGAGCACAUUGGCUAUCACAUCAAAUGAUGCGUUCGUAGUUGUCGCAUGUGAAGACGAGACCCUAAAAGUGUUCAGUACAGUAGGAGGACAAGAACUACACGAACUGAUGGGACACGAAGGAAAAGUGAACUCUUUGGUGUGUGCACAAGACGACUGUCAACUGUUCGCUGCUACAAAAUCCAAAAUCUUCUGCUACGAUAUUCAUAAUGGACAAAUGAUUGAUGUGCUGGAUAUAGCUCAACCAUAUCCAAUUUGUAGUUUGAGGAUAUCGUCUGACAAUAACUUCUUGAUUUCUCCCUGUGGUCCAAAAGUCACAAUUUGGAAUGUCACAAAACGAAACCAUGAUGCACAUGAUGUUCAUGCAGAUAAAGAAGGAUUCCUGACAGCUGUUGCCUUAUCAAACGAUGAUAAAUAUGCAGCAUGUGGAACAAAUAAUGGAAUUGUAGCACUUUGGGAUCUUGAAGUGUGUCAGUGUGUAUUUACCACAGUUCAGAACAAAGGAGAUCCGAUCACAUGCAUCCGAUAUUCAAUUGACAGUCAGUAUUGCAUUUCUGGAAAUCAAGCAGGAUGUAUUCUGAUUCUGGAUGCCCAGAAUGGAGUAGUCGUCCGAGAGUUAUUUAUGCACAGCAGCGAAGUUCUUUCGAUUAUGUCGUUGGUUCAGAACAAAAUGAUUUCAUGUGAUAUUCAAGGAAAAAUGGUCAUUUGGGAACUUUUUGGAGAUGACGAUACACCUGAAAUGGUUGCAACUGGAGUCAAGCCACCAAUAUUCGUACCUCCGACAGGACGGAUUAUGGUUGGACAUUGCUCAUUGAGCAACAAAGAAAUGAAAAUCUGGGCGUUUCCUGAUGAAGGACCUCCGAUAACUCGAGCAAAACUCUCCCACAGUGAUGAAAUCACUUGCUUCGCCACAUCACCAAAAGGAGGAAACUUCAUAGCCACUGGAUCCAGGGACAUGUCUCUGAAAAUAUGGCAAAUCGACAAAGGAUUCCUGACUCAAGUUCUCGUAGGACAUGAAAAUGUAGUCACUUGUUGUUGUAUCUCAUUUGACGAAAGACUGGUUGUUUCUGGAGCAAGAGAUGAGAAAAUCAUUGUAUGGAAUGUACAAAGUGGAGAUAUGGUAUGCACUGUAAAUACGACUGCCGCUAUCACUUCUCUUUCUAUGACUGGAGAUUCUACUGUGGUCUUUUCAACGACGGAAGAUGGUUGGGUUGAAACAUGGUCUACUACCAAAGGACGUCUUCUCUCAACCUUCAACGCACAUCGUCCUAUUAAGAAACUCAUCAAUUCUUACGAAUCUCAUCGAAUGCUACUUCUUCUUGAAAACUGCGCUCAACUUCCUAUCCUCUGUCUUCAUAACACUCCAGCCGUCGGCAUCGAGGCAACAAGAAGACGAAGUGCCAGAGCUCAAUCAGUUUCAAGUGCUUCUAACGAACCAGUCGCAUCAACUGGCUCAGGGGAGAUCAAGAAAGAUCCUUCGUCAUCUUCGAAUAACGGAGGAAACGGGCAGCCUGCUCCAAGGGCAACAGCUCCAAAACCAACUUUUGAUAUGUUGGAAAGGAGCAAAAGUAGGACUUCAUUGAUUGAAAAGGAUCGAGCAACAACUCUAACACAAUCCAAUGCUCCACCACCACAAAAAUCAAAUAUGUGUACUAUACUUUGA